CUUUCAGAAGAGUGGUGGUAAGUUUGUGACGCAUUAUUCCAUCUGACUGCUAUUGCACAUCUCUUAAAAGACCUCCUCAUAAUAACACACCUACAUUAUCAACACCAACUAACUGACCAACACCUGUGAUCUGGACACCGAGAGCUAUGGCCUGGACUUCUAGAUUCAUCACCGGCACUGUUCUGGUCAUCCUCAUUGGAUGCUUCACUGGUGCACUGGGCAACUAUCGUCGGCCCACUAGAGUUGGCGUGACUUGCUGUAAGGAAGUGUCGAAGGGAAGAAUCCCUCCUGAAGUUAAACUGAUUGGAUACAGGCAUCAGAAUGCUCUGAGUCCGUGUGUGGAUGCUAUAGUAUUCUACACAGAGAAGGACAAGUACUGCUCUGAUCCAACAGCGCGCUGGAUUCAAUUCAGACUGAAAGGUCUGAAGGAGAUUGAGGACUGAGCCAAUGGAGGCCUAAAGAUGCCGCAAAUCUAUCUAUAUAUCAAUCGAUCUAUCUAUCUAAAAAAAAAAGAGAAUAUAUAUUAUGUAAGUUUAUUUAAUCAAAAAAGCACCAUUAGAUACCCUUUUAGCUGAUGUUAAAAGAUGUUUCACUUAAUUGCUUUGUUUUAUCUGCUUAAAAAUAAUAAA